AUGAAGUCGGUUGCUGCACAGAAAUCCUUAUUGAUGCUAGCGCUUCUGCUUCUUGGCAGCUGCCAGGCGUUGCCCGUGAAGGAGGAGGCACGUGAGCAGCGGAAUAUGAAGAUGCUGACGCCAGGGGCCGAGGCCGAUGUUAAGAUGAUGGCGGCAGCGGGCACAGCAAAUAUGACGCCAGCUUCGAUGAACCUCGGCGGCGCGUUGCCCAUGAAUCAGAUGGCUCUGGGCAUGGUUAACAAUAUGCAGCUGGCACGUUAUCCCAACUAUCCGGGCUUGAUGUCGCCCUUUGGUCUGCAGGCAAACAUUGUCAAUGGCUAUCCCGGCGAUGUCAAUAUGGGUCUUGGCUUAGGUCUGCCCGGAGCUGGACUAGGCCUUGGAGCUGGAUCUAUGCCAGGCGCUGGAUAUGGAGCUGGCAUUGGCGCUGGAAUUGGAGCUUCACCUGGCAUCGGAUUCGGCGCCGGACUGGGAGCACCUAUGCCUGGAGCUGGCUUUGGCGCUGGUCUGGGAGCUACACCUGGUGCUGGACUUGGACUAGGACUUGGCGGCUAUCCAAACACUGGCUUCAUGUACGGUAAUUCGCUCUAUGGCAGUCCACAACCUAUGCCUGGCUUUGGUCCACAGGGCACGCUGGACGGCAUCAUCGGCAUGGCCAAUGCACCAGGUCUAGCACCAGCUCAAGCUGGCAUCUACGGCCAAGCCGCUGCACCACUUGGACUUGCACCCAUGCAGGGCUUCUUUUAA